UCGCCAUCAUCAUCACGCGUGGUUUUCCCCCGAUGUUCAACCAGUGACGAUUUCCGCAGGCAUUAGGUGUUUGUUUUACGAAGAAGUACUUGAAGUAGAUUUGCUUUUGUUUCGAUUGUCGUUUUAUUUAGUUUUUUUUGCCAGUGUAUUUGCUUCCAUUCAUCGUCUCCGUUCGCGGGGAACUCAGAGAGGAGCCAUGUACAACGGCAUUGGCCUGACCACGCCACGAGGCAGCGGCACCAACGGCUAUGUGCAGCGCAACCUGUCGAGCGUGCGGGCAAAGCGUCCACGGGACGAGCGCGGCGGCGAGCGGGACGAGAAGGACCGUGAGAGGCUGGAGAGCCAGCUGAACCGCCAGCCCAACGCCGAGAUCCUGGAACACCAGAGAAAGAGGCAACUGGAGGUCAAGUGUGCAGAGCUGCAGGACAUGAUGGAAGAGCAGGGGUACUCCGCUGAGGAGAUUGAAGAGAAGGUGAACAGCUUCCGCAUGAUGCUGCAGGAGAAGCAGGAGCCACCUUCGGCCCCCACCGAGAGAACAUCGGCGACAGAGACUCACGCCCUGGCUGCAGCCAAUCAGCAGAAGAACGACCGGCUGAAGGCGGCGUUCGGCAUCGCCACGGACUAUGUAGAUGGCUCCUCCUUCCAUCCGGAGCGCAAGGAGCGAGAGAAGGAGAAGAGGGAGCAGGAGAAGCUGGAGAGGGAGAAGCAACAGCAGCAGAAAUAUGCGCUGGUAGAAGAGUCAGAGGACUCGGACUCCCCAGCCCGAAAACAGAGCCGCAAGAAGAAAAGGAAGAAAAACAAGAACAGAGACAGUUCAGAGAGCCCUUCCCCCUCUCCUAGACGGGUGAAAAAAACUAAAAAGAAGAAAAAGAAAAGGGACGGGUCGGAAGAAAAGGAUGACAAAGAUAGCUCCUCAGACGAGAAGCAGGCGUCUAAGAAAAAACGCAAGAGAAGUGAAAAUGAGACUCUGCCCCAGAGUAAGACACGGCGCCAUAGAAGUGGGUCCUCCAGCUCUGCUCACAGCCAAUCCCCUGCCCCGCUGAGAGAGAGGCAGAAGAACCAGCCUGUCAAGAGAGCAGAGGAGGGGAGAAAGGGGCCAUCUCCAGACAGGAGGGAGCGUGGUCGCGAGGACGGGAGUCCACAGCGUUCGGGAGGCAGAGCGAGAUCUCCCAGGUAUCCCAGCUCCCCUGAACGCCGACCGAGGGCAGACAAGGAACGGGAGAAGGAGCGACUGAAGGACAAAGAGAAAGAAAGAGAGAAGGAGCGUGAGAAAGUGAAGCCUACCAGAACAAGACACGACUCCUCUUCCCCCUCUCCUCCUCGACUGGAACGAGAGAAAGCCAGGCGCUCCAGAAGUGGAGAGAGGGAUCGAGAGAAGGAUAGAGGAAAGGAGAGAACAAUGCUGCAGAGGAGCAGACACGACUCUUCUUCAUCCCCCUCUCCACCCCCGAAACAACUGGACACCAGGAAACAGAGGAGCGGAAAGAAGGACAAACCACAAAGACGAGACUCUUCCUUGUCUCCAUCUCCAGAAAGAGAGGGAGCAAGGAGAGGAAGGAGUGGAGAGGGGGAGCGAGGAAAGGAAAAAAAUGUCCCCCCCCAAGCCCCAGCUGACAGAGAGAGGGGGAGAGGGAGUGAGAAAGAAGGAUCUCCCCCUAGUCGGAAAAGUGAUGGCGGGAGAGGUAGAAACUCAUCCCGCGACUCCACAUCCCCUGAAUUAAGCAAAGAGAGGGAGAAACAAGAGGAGCAGAGGAAGCGGGAGAGCGAAAGGGAAAAAGAGAGGGAGCGAAACCGAGAUGGAGGGAGAGAGCGCGAGAGGUCCGGCAGACUGUCUUCUACCCAACAACAUCCGUCUACCUGUUUGUCUGAAGACCUCCGCGCGGAGCGACAGGGUGAGGGGGAGAGGAGGGACAGAGAGAGGGAGAAAAAAAGAUACGCGGAGGAGGACAACAGGCGGGAGAACAGAGACCGAAGCCUGCCGGAUAAGGAGCGAGAGAAGGAAUUGGAGAGGGCAAAGGAAAGAGAGAAGGAGAAACCAAAAGCGAAGGAGAGCAGCAGUAGCAGUGGGAGUGACAGCGACAGCUCUUCCUCAUCCUCCGACUCAUCAUCAUCAUCAUCCUCUUCUUCCUCGUCCUCCGAGGGAGAGAAGAAAAAGGGAACAGUGGUGAAGAGCGGCCCAGUGAAAAAAGCCCCCCCCGCUCUCAUCUCCCCUCCCGCUGUAGGUGCUGCCUUCCAGAAGUAUCUGGCCAAUGGGGGCAGAGAGAGCGCUUCAGAGAGUGACGGACAGAGAGCUACCGGGAGAGAGAAGGAACGUGAGAGAACAGGAGGGGACAGGUCCAUGCUCUCUGAAAGGGAAAACCCGCCCCCUGCUCCCCAAAAAGCACCUGUCUCCCAACUCCCCUCUGCUGCAGAGCGCUACCCCCCCACAGACAGAGAGAAGGAGCGAGGGAAGGGACAGGAGAGGUACAGCCCCACUGAGGUAGAGAGCUCCAGCCCUCCACCCUCUCCUCCCAGAAGAGGAGCCCCCCAAGGCGGAGGCGAGAGGUACUCCCCCACUGAAGUGGAAAGAGAGAAGGAGAGAGAGGGAGGGGUGAAGAGCCAGGCCAGGAGGGCAGAGCGGUACAGCCCCUCUGAGCAGGAGAGAGAGUGGGAGAGGAGGGCGCCCUCCCCAAAAGCCCCCGCAGCAGCAGUUGUCCCGCGGCCACGGCGGAGCCGCAGCCGGGAGCUAGAGCACAACCGAGAGAGGCAGAGAGCGAGGGAUAGAGGGAGAGAUCGUUCCAGAGACAGAGGAGCCAGGAGGAGCAGGUCGAGGAGUCCCAGAAGACGCAGUCCCUUCUACAGGUCCCGGCGAUCCCCCUCUCCCGUUCGACAAAGGAGAAGCAGCCACUCGCUAUCCAGAGAAAGGCAGAGACACCAGGAGAGAGAGAAGAAUAGAGAGCUGGAGAGAGCGAGGGAAAAAGAGCGGCAACGUGAAAAAGAGCAAGAGAGGCGAGAGCGCCAACCUCUUAAAGAGGUCCCCCCACCCCGUCGCUCUCCCUCUUCCUCUUCUGGUUCUUCUUCUUCCUCAUCCCCCUCUCCGGCCCGAGAGAGAAAGGAGACGCCUGUAGAAAAGGUGAUGAAACCAACGGUAGAGAAAGACCGAAGAGGUGAUAGAGAGGAGCGAGAGAAAGUGGGAGACAGAGGAAGGAAGGCUUGUUCCAUCUCCUCACCGCUCCCCUCCAAGGAGACCAGUCCCCUUCCCAGCCAAUCAGAAAUCAGAGCCCACCCCAAAGAAACACGGCACUCUGACCCGCCCCGCUCCAGGUCGCCACAGGCCCUCAGCCAUUCAGAGACCAGAGUCUCUCUACGAGAUACCUCGAGGACCCAAUCACCUGCGGUGCUCCCCUCACGCGGCUCUGCCCACCCCACAGACCGACCAGUCAGGACUGAAAACGGUGUGAGCGAGAAGGGGGCCAAAGAGAAAAAGAAAGGAAAGAUGGGCAGCCCCAGCUCAUCAUCAUCAUCUUCUUCCUCCUCCUCGUCAUCUUCGUCUUCAUCAGACAGUUCUGACUCUGAUGCAGAGCACGGAAAAGCAGGUGCCAGGAUAGCGGCUGCCCAUAGCUCUUCCUCCUCCUCGUCCUCCUCAUCAUCCUCUUCUGAAAGCGAGAAGGAAGACAAGAAAAAGAGCCCGGCGCGACCUCACAGAGUGCCAGCUGAUUCGCUGAGAGACUCGCGCUCCCUCAGCUACUCUCCACCCAGACAGAGGCGACCUGCACAUUCCCCACCCACCCGCAGGAGUGGCAGCAGGCAGUCCCCAAGCCGAUCUCCAAGCAGUAGGAGAAGAAAAUGACCCUUCACUCUGAAAUGUAACUAACUUUCCCCCUCAAUCCUCAGAUUUUUCCUAAACACUUCUGGGCUGGUUUGAACUGGACUGUACCAUUGAAUAUUAUAGGGAGGGGGAAGUUAUGGACAUUUGAUCUGUGAAUGACUGUGUGAAUUAAGCGUUGUUGUUGAUUCUGUGGCAUGAGGAUAGCACCACAGGAAGAGAGAGGCAGAAUUUGAAACCCAACAGAGGCCAAGAGGUCUGCUUUUAGUCAAGGGUUUCUGUACAUUUUGUUUUAUGCUGUACUGUAAGGAAGUAACUGUAAAUGGUAGGUGAGAGUCCGUGAUAGGAAAGUAACCUCUGUGCAGACCCAUAUAGACUGGAGUGAAGCAUUCCAGAAUCAAAACACACACACACACACACACACACACACACACACACACACACACACACAGUCCUAUUAAAUUAUCUCACAACAACAAAGUAAUGUUCACUGCGCUUUUUCUGCCCCCUCUGUAUUUGUGCAUUCUACAUGUAGAUAUGACUCAUCUGUAUUUUGGUUAUCACCGAAUGGAUUACGUGCUGUUUCCAUAUAUGUUGACUAGAAACUGCAACUCUUGGUUUGUUUCUCUUUGUGAAAAUAAAAAGUUGUAUCUUCA